AUGGCUUCCAAGAACGUAAUCAUUGCUUUAACAUCAUACAAUGAAGUUUUCUACCAGGAUGGCACCAAGACUGGUGUCUUCGUAGUUGAAGCUUUACAUCCAUUUAGAGAAUACAGAUCUCAAGGUUUCAACGUCCAAUUUGUUUCUGAAACUGGUACUUUUGGUUGGGAUGAACACUCUUUAACUGAAACUUUCUUAAAUGGUCAAGAUAAAGAAGAUUUCGACAAUGACAAUUCUGAAUUCCAACUUGCCCUAAAGAAAGUUAAAAAGCCAAGUGAAGUUAAUCCGGAUAACUACGAUAUCUUCUUUGCUGCUGCUGGUCACGGUUCUUGUUUUGAUUUUCCAACCGCUAAAGGUUUGCAAGACUUAGCUUUAAGAAUUUACGCUAAAGGUGGUAUCGUUGCUGCCGUCUGCCAUGGCCCAGUCAUCUUUGCUGGUUUGAAUGACAAAAAAACUGGUAAGAACAUUGCUGAAGGUAAAUCAUUAACCGGUUUCACUGAUGAAGGUGAAGUCGUUUUGAAUGUUCUUGACUUAAUGAGAGAAAAGAAUGUUCCAACGGUUGUUGAUGUUUUCAACAAGUGUGGCAUCAAAUAUUUGGCUCCAAUUGGUCCAUGGGAUGAUUUCUCUUUAACUGAUGGUAGAAUUGUCACUGGUGUAAACCCAGCAUCUGCUACUUCCACUGCAAAGAGAUCUAUUAUUGCAUUAUCUAAAUAA